AUGUUCGCCCGACAGUGCACACGAUUGGUGUCUUCCCGGACUGCCGUCCCCUUGACUUCGUACCUUUCCCGUGCUAGGCCGUAUUCCUCGGCAUCAGGAUAUGAGCACAUCCUGACCUCCAGCCCCAAGCCUGGUGUCGGGCUGAUCACAUUGAACCGCCCUAAAGCCCUCAAUGCCCUUUCCAGCCCUCUCUUCAAAGAGAUCAACGAUGCCCUCUCCAAAUACGACGAGGACAAGGAUAUUGGUGCCAUAAUUAUCACAGGAAGCGAGAAGGCCUUCGCUGCUGGUGCUGAUAUCAAGGAAAUGGCGCCCUUGACCUUCUCCGCUGCCUAUAGCAAUAACUUCAUCGCCCCUUGGUCCCACCUCGCCAACAGUAUCCGUAAACCUGUUAUUGCCGCAGUGUCUGGCUAUGCCCUUGGUGGUGGCUGCGAGCUCGCCCUCAUGUGCGACAUCAUCUACUGUACCUCGAAUGCUACCUUCGGUCAACCGGAAAUCAAACUAGGCGUUAUCCCCGGUGCGGGCGGAUCACAGCGUCUGACUCGUGCAGUAGGAAAGAGCAAGGCCAUGGAGCUGAUUCUGACCGGAAAGAAUUUCAGCGGCAAGGAAGCGGGAGAAUGGGGCGUUGCUGCGAAAGUCGUUGAAGGGGGUAAGGAUGAGCUGCUCGAGGAGGCCCUCAAGACUGCCGAGACGAUUGCAGGAUAUAGCCGUGUUGCCGUCGUUGCUGGCAAGGAGGUGGUGAACAAGAGUCAAGAACUCUCCUUGAGAGAGGGCGUCGAGUAUGAGAGGCGGUUGUUCCAUGCACUUUUCGGAAGUAAAGACCAGAAAAUCGGCAUGACUGCUUUUGCCGAGAAGAAGAAGCCUGAGUGGUCGAAUGAGUAA